AUGGUAUCAGAUCCAGGAAAUAAUAAGCCAAGAGAUGUCUUUCACAAAAGAAUUCUUAAAUCGUACCAUAAAAGACAACAACUUCAACAACGUAUCAUGAAUUCUACAAAUUCAUCCGAUGAAGAUGGCGCAGCUUCAGCUUACCGAGAUCAGGACGGAAAUUUUAUCCCUAAAAAACGUUUUCGCCUAAGGGAAAAUGAAUCGAUUGAUAAAAGUUCGUCUAAUAGUACUAUUACUACUAAUGCUAUCGAGUCGAGCUCGAUGGGUAGUAGUAGUACUGUUGUUAAAAUUCCACAUGAUAAUAUAGAGUUGAAAUAUGGAUGUAUAUCGAUGAUCGGACGGAGGAGAGUGAUGGAAGACGCUAUAAAGGCGUCGAUUAAAAUAGCGAAUAAUGAGUUUGUGUUUUUCGGAGCGUAUGAUGGUCAUGGAGGGUCUAGGGUUUCACAGGCAUGUCGUGAUCGUUUAGAUUAUGUACUCGAGGAGGAGUUAUUAAACGUUAAGAGAAAAUUAAUGAAUAAUAAUAAUAAUGAUGAUGAUGAUAAUGAUAGUGGUAACAGUAGUCAGGUGGAUUGGGAAAAAGUGAUGGUGAUGUGUUUUUCAAAGAUGGAUAAUGAAGUUAUGGGAGAAGGGAAUAGGACAGUGGGGUAUGAGGAUGGUAGAUUUGAGGAUGGAAGGAAGACGGUGGGGUCUGCGGCGGUGGUGGUGAUAGUGGGGAAAGAAGAAAUAGUGGUGGCUAAUUGUGGCAAUUGUAGGGCUAUACUUUGUAGUCGUGGUGUUGCUAUACCCUUGUCCAAUGACCAUAAGCCUGAUAGACCAGAUGAGAAGAAAAGGGUAGAAGCAGCAGGUGGUAAAAUUCUUAAUUUGAAUGGUUAUAGAGUUCAAGGAAUCCUUGCUACUUCAAGAUCCAUAGGUGAUCAUUGUCUAAAACCAUUUGUGAUACCAGAGCCAGAAGUGACAGUGUACAAGCGUAACGAAUUGGACGAAUUCAUAGUAAUUGCCACGGAUGGUUUAUGGGAUGUUGUGUCCAACGAGGUAACGUGCGACGUCGCGAGAAAAUGUCUCGGACAGAUUCGGAGGAAGUUCCCCGAACGAGACAGUGCGGCGGAUACCGCCGCACUUUUAGCCGAGUUGGCUAUUGCUAAGGGAAGUAAAGACAAUAUUAGUGUUAUAGUAGUUGAGCUUGAUAAAAUGAGGGAAUAG